AUGCAGCUCAGCGCCGCUGUCGGCGUUACCUUCCUCGUCGUCUUCCUCCUCGACAGAAACUACAGAGUCCUCCCCAAUGCCAUCCACGGCUACAUGCCCACCCACCAUCCCGGGCUCGUCCUCACCGACAUCACCAUCGCCACCUGCUCCAGCGUCAACGUCUUUUCCUCGUGCGACCUUGACCCCAAAGUCUGGCAUCGCAUCGACAAGGAGCUCUACGUUGGACGCACCUGGACCUCGCGUGCCUACAUGUUCGUCAGCCGCAAGCAUGAGGACGACAUCAAGCCCGACGACAGCGUCAUCAUGGACGUCGCCGUUGGCAGGCUCAACCCCGGCAAGCCCGACGAUGCUGAUCAGUGGGAGUCACGACCGGGAGGUCUAUGGGUGAAGCGAUCCAAGAAGAGAAAGUCGACGGAUUCACCCGCCGUCGUAACCGACGCCGACGUCCUCUUCGGCGACGACGCCGUCGAGGCCCGCGACGGCUGGGAAAUCAAAGGCACACCCUUGCUGCUGAAGUCGAGUUCGAAAAUCCUGAGCGUCCACCUCACCAUCCACCGGGGCACCCAAAAGGAGCGCAAGAAGCCCAAGCCGAGGAUCCCGGAGACGGGGCGCUUCAAGAUUAUGCAGAUUGCCGACCUUCACCUCAGCAACGGCGUCGGCGUCUGCCGCGAGGCCAUCCCGGACAGCUACGGGGGUGGCAAGUGCGAGGCGGAUCCGCGAACUCUCGAUUUCGUCAUCAAGAUGCUCGACGAGGAGAAGCCAGACUUUGUCGUCCUCAGCGGCGACCAGGUCAACGGCAGCACCGCGCCCGACGCGCCUACCGCCAUCUUCAAGAUUGUGUCUCUGCUCAUCAAGCGCAAGAUUCCCUACGUCAGCAUCUUUGGCAAUCACGAUGACGAACGGUCCAUGUCGCGCGCCGGUCAGAUGGCUCUCAUGGAGUCCCUCCCCUUUUGCCUGUCGCAGGCCGGCCCCGUCGAGGUGGACGGCGUGGGCAACUACUACGUCGAGAUUCUCGCCCGCGGCGGCUCCGACCACUCGGCCCUAACAAUCUACCUCUUCGACACGCAUUCCUACUCUCCCAACGAGAAGAAGUACCCCGGGUACGACUGGGUCAAGCCGAGCCAGAUCGAGUGGUUCAAGCGCACGGCGUCGAAGCUCAAGGCGAACCACGAGGAGUACACGCAUCGGCACAUGGACAUUGCCUUCAUCCACAUCCCCAUGACGGAAUACGCGAACCCCGACCUGCCCCGCGUGGGAGAGUGGAGGGAGGGCGUGACGGCGCCCGUCUUCAACUCGGGCUUCCGCGACGCCCUCGUCGAGGAGGGCAUCGUCAUGGUCAGCGCCGGACACGAUCACUGCAACGAUUACUGCUCCCUCUCCCUCCAGGGCGACCCGGAUCCGGAAAAGAAUAAACCUCUCACGCCCGCUCUGUGGAUGUGUUAUGCCGGCGGCGUCGGCUUUGGCGGAUACGCCGGCUACGGCGACUACAUCCGCCGCCUGCGCCUCUUCGAGGUGGACACGAGCAAUGGUCGGAUCACGACGUGGAAGCGAGUCGAGCACGGCGACAUGACCGACGGCCGCCUCGACCAGCAGAUCAUCGUCGACGGCGGCAAGCCGAUCCCGCCGCCGCCGCCACCAGCACCGGCCGAUGGCGAAGAGGCUCCUCCACCACCACCUCCACCUCCACCGCCGCCCCUGCCGAUUCCUCCGCAUGGGGGACAGCGCUGA